UUAAUUUUUUUGGAGCUGCCUCGUCCUGCACCGCCGACCGUAGUUGUUUUGCCGUCUCCAUACAGUGUGGCUGAGGGGUGGAAAGGUAAUGUAAUGUAAUGUACCUUGCCGUGGUCACUGACGGGUUCACGCCAGUUCACCGGGUUCACUUGAGGAGAGCUCCCACCCCCUGCUCGCCUCCUCUUCUUCUCAAAGCGCAACGAUCGGAGCUAAUCCAAUAUUAUUCAUUUAUAUAUUAAUGUCGGAUUCCAUUUUUCCCACCGACUGUUGAGGUUCCCAGGGAGCUGUUAAACUUGUCCAUGUGACAGGAGUCCUGAAGUGGCAGAAGGCAUGAAGCAACACUGUGAUAUCAUAGUGGCUGGUCCAUGACACGAAACUCCAUUCAACCCACUCCACUAUCCACCCGCCCUCUGUUCUCAUCAUACCGGACAACCAAUCACUCACUCUCCCAUCUACACAAAGCUGCACAAUGGCCAGCAAGAGGAAAUCCACUGUACCCUGCAUGAUACCAUCCAAAUCCAAACAUGUGCGUGAGGAAAUCAUACUGGGCUCACUACCAGAACUCCUACCAACAAUCCCAGAAGAUAGCAUACUCAGCAUCUCGGGAGAAGAGUCUGGCCAUUUCUCUCACAGUUCCUCCAAAUCUGACAGUGGCAGCGAGGUGCAAAAAGGAGGUACAUACAGCUGUUCGACUUGCCGUUUCGAAUCCAGAGAUCUAAACUACUUUUUGGAUCACAUGCACAACUGCCACUUAGACUUCAGGGCCCAGCCCACCUUCUACUGCCUGAACUGUGGGGUGUCAGUCGUCCGCUUUGAGGCUCUGGCUCUGCAUAACGCCAACGCCCACCCUAAGAUAAUGGAGGGCUUGGUCACUGCCUCCCUAACUGUCAACAAGAGGGAUAGAGUAACAACUGUGGAACAAAGUCUGUUCACGGACAGUGGAGAAGACUACAGAGAAUCUGGGAUUUCCCUUACCAAAACACCGAUUGCAAAGAUGAUGAAAACCAAGGGGGAGCACAAAAAGAUUGUGGUUUCUCACACCGUGGAGGUACGGAAGAUAGACACUGGAAAGGAUGUAGACCCCAGCAUGCUGACAAAUGUGCCUGAACUCCAAAACGGGGCUCUCAGUGUUUCUGGCGCCCCAGCUAUGCCGAGGACCACUGUUACUCAUGUGAUUACAACGACAGUGUCCAACCAAGUCUUUCACCAGCACACUCCCUCCCUUUACUCUCCCUCUUCCUGCAACUCUAAUAAAGACCUUCCAAAGGUGAUGAUCCCUCUCAGCAGCAUCCCCACGUAUGAUGCUGCUAUGGACACCAGCAGCUUUCUCAAGACAUCCUUUGGCAAGUUCCCCUACCCGACCAAAGCCGAACUCUGCUACCUAACAGUGGUCUCAGAGUUCCCUGAAGAGCAGAUCAAACUGUGGUUUACUGCCCAAAGGCUCAAGCAGGGCAUAAGCUGGUCUCCUGAAGAGAUCGAAGAGGCCAGGAGGAAGAUGUUCAACACUGUGUUCCAAGGUGGAGCACCUCAAAAGCAGCCCACUACACCACGGCACGUCAAUCAUGUUGUAACCCACCACACUGUCACUGCCCAGCCGGGCUCAAAAGGACCAAACUUUCAUAUGGCCAAAGUUCCCUAUGGCAGUAUAAAAACCAGGUCUGUCGGAGUCAUAGCCUCGCAGGCCAGCAUGUCAACCAACCCCCAUGUCACCAGGGUCUCGUAUUCUACUCCAAUUGUCCCCCCAAAGUUUCCAUCCAUAGUCAGAACAACACAGGUACUGACCAAGAAUACUCAACCCACUGUGGAGCCGGAUAAGAGCAAUGGCCUCGGCCUGGACAUGGCUGGAAACAGUGGUUGUGUCAGUAGCACCAGCAGCAGUCGAAGCAGCAGUAGCAGCAGUAGCAGCAGUAGUUGCAGUAGUAGCAGCAGCAUCAGCAGCUAUUCCAGCAGUAGUAAUGGUGGUGAGACUGUCACCAGGAAACCGGUGCAAAACAGCUGCCCCACAAACAGCAUCAACAGCAUUGCCACUUGCUCUACCAACAUUAGCAAUAAUGAUGAGCACUGUGUUGCUGACACCAACGGCAAACCAAAUCUCAAAAGCAACAGUUUACCAAUCAGAUUGGAAGGUUCAAACAGUACCAAGAGUCAAGUGAUCAUCGAUAACACCAGCAAAUCCAACAUCACCUGUAACAAUCACAACAGCGGCAUCAUCAGUCCACAGGAACAGGCCCAUGCCACAAAGCCCGAUGACGAGCGCAACAACUAUAUCCACAAGCCCAACAACAGUAGUAUUAGCAGUGAAUACCCCAGUACUACCUGUAAUGACAGCGUCCCUAACCUGAACCAUGCCAGCAAAUCCCCAACUGAAAGCACCAGCACCGCUGUCAUUACAAAAAGCAGCUCGUCCAUUUUGGAUGAGGGUAAAUGCAACAAGGACUUACCCAUAAAAGGCAUGUCAAUCCUAAAGCAACUCAUUAAGGAGGAGGACCCAUUUGCCGGGGACAGAGGCUGCCCAGAGCUGAAAGUUGACCCCAUCAAGAUCAACUUUAAGAGGCUGAAGAUGAAUGAAACAGAGACUACAUCUGAGAUUGUACAUCAAGAACACAAGUCUGAGGUAGGCGAAGUGUCUGCUUCUCAGCCAUCUUUCUCCCCCCCAUGGGGCAACAAGACCCCCCAGCAGCUGCACAUCCUCCGACAGGUUUUCUCCAACACCCGUUGGCCCAGCAGUCAGCAGUACGAGGACCUAAGUGUCCAGACAGGCCUUCCCAAAUCAGAGGUGGUGCGCUGGUUCAGCGACAGCCGAUACAGCCACAAGAACGGGCAGCUGAAGUGGCUGGAGACCUAUCAGCGAUCGCCAACGGAGUCAGAGGAAGCAAGGGGCCACGGAGACACCGAGGCGGAGUCACCGAAAGACCCUCAAGUGGCCAAAAAGAAACUUGCUGAGCAAGACAUGAACAAGCACCUUGAAGGAGAAGCAGGACUGAACACAGGGCAGCGGGUUGUGUGGCAGGAUACAUACUCACCGCUGCUCGGCCUGAUGGGGUCCGAGGGGAGCAGCGAGCGAGGCCAAGCUGAGGAGUCUGCGCAGCCAGGAGUCCUGCAGGAUCCCUGGUCAGAAGGAGCAGAGGACCAUCAGCAGCCAGUGGCCAGUCAGUCACUCAUUGAACAACAGACUGAUGCCAAUCAGGCCAGGGAUCGCCUGAGGAUGGAGCUGCUGGAGGUGUGAUGAAGCGGGCCCCAAUCUCGCCAGAGGAACAUCAUGUUUAAAGGCUGGAUUGCUCCCCUGGCCGUGGUCUAAAAAAAAAAAAAAAGAGUGUUCAUAAUGACAGCAGAUGUGAUUGUAGCUGGACCGAUGGACUCUGACUGGUAACUGAGAAUAACCCCCC